CAGAAUUAAUGUCCACAAGCCUUUGGAGUCACUAUUUCGGAGGAGGAAGAUGGGGGAAGUAAAAUGACAAAGAGGUGUAUUCGUGGUUCUGGGUGUGUUCGUGAGCAUGGGGUAUAAACGUUGGAGGCAACACCAGGACUUCGGUGCUGGGAGCUGCCGCUUACUGACACACAGCCGAGGGUUACUCCAUUGUUCAGGCGGUUGAGGUGUGUGAAGAUGCAGAACAUCAGCAGCAAGUUGACUGGGCAGCUGUGGCAAAGAUUGACAACCCUGUGGAAUCGCCUGCGUGAUGACCCCAGGGUAGCCCAGGUGAUGAGCACAAGGAUCGGCCAGUACAUCAGCAGCCACCCUUCCUUAGCUCUUACGCUGCUGCUCUUCAGUGCCAUGGCUGCACUGCCAGUUGGGGUUUUCCUCACUUUUGCUAUUGUGACCGUUGUUAUAUCGGUAGUAGGUUUUGUUUUCUUCGAGGUGUUUCUGUUGUCUGUUGGAGGUUUGGCUCUGCUGUCCGUGCUUGGGGGCAUCGCUUUCUUCUCUGUCCUGGCUUCAGUCGUCAUUAACGUGUUCUUCAUCGCCAUUCCAAGCCUACUCAGGAGGAAUUAUCCACAUCUGACAAAGAGAGGUGUAAACCAUGAGAAAGAGAGUGAAGGCGAAACUUCAGGGCUGAAGGAGAUGUAGAAGAAUGCUUCAUCCUCUAACUGAAGCUGUGAGUCCAAACGGUUGAAGCUGGGUGUUCAUGAUCCAAAGAUCUGAUCUCUUGGUACUGCAUGGUGGCCUGAGUCAGGUGAUCUGCUGUGGUAACGGAUUAGCUAAAGAUAAAAACAUGGUUGUUGUAUGUCUAAACCUUUUAAUGUUAUUGCUAUUUCAAUAUGAACUUAAAUUUUAAAGUUUUUUCUUAAUGUCAGCAAUAUAUGAGUUACCUUGAGCUACCAAAGCACUGGCUUACUUUCAUGUUUACUGUCCAUAAUGUUACUGUUUUAUCUGGAUUUUAGCUUCUUAAUCUAGUUAUUGUAAUAUUUGCAGUUUUACUGCAAACUGGACUGGAUUUUUGUCUCCUAUAUAAGUGACUUCAGUUUACCAAUAAAUAAGUAUAAAGUAUAAACAAAGAUGUGAUUAAUACUGUAUUUGUUUUUUGUAUUGAGUUAAUAUUAAAAAGUACCCAGGGAACGGAGAGGUCAGGGUGUCAGAGGUUGGCCUUCGUACUAAUGAACAUCUCUUGUGUCAUAUUAUUUCUUUAUUAGGCUGGAGAUGAACAGAAGUAGUUUUAACAGUUAAUAGUUUUACAGGAGACGUAUUUCACUCUCCCCCUAAAACUGUCUAAGGACAUAACUAUCAAAAAGUAAUUAAAUUCUUGCAAAUCAAUUCAUUCGACCGUGAACUUUCCUCUAACCUUGAGUGAUCUGGCUGUUCUGAGUGUUUUCAGAGUUGGAGGAUGUUGUUUUUUACUCUGUUUUUACUUUGCACUAUUUUCCUUCACUGAAGUCUGAUGCUUUAACGUUUUUACCAUCUAUCCUUUUCUUUUAAUGAGGGUUUUCCAUCAGGUCAUGCACCCAGAUUAAUAAAACCUCUUUUUGAAAGUUGUGUAUAAACAAUCUAAGUGUUUAAUUAUAUAAUUAUAUAGCUCUCUUUUAUCCACUACCAUUACAAGACUUGAUCAACACUGUGCACAGUGACAACUGAGGUUUUUAUUUAUUUAUUUUAUGUUUUGUGACCCUAAUCAUUUUGUUAAAUGAGUAAGCCCAUAAGAGCUGGUAUAUUGUGCUUUAUUCAUACAUGACGUGUUUGACUUCAUGCAUUAUGGAUUUCAGGAGGAAAAUGCUCUUUUUAUGUUUAACUUUCCAGGUAUUUAAUAUUUGUGAUGUUUUCUGUCACAUAAACUGAGUUGAACAUUUCUAAUUGAGUCUGAAUAAAUUCCUUUUCAGAACAA